UGUCGGCAAGUAUAAAGGCGGCGCCGCUUUGUCGCGUGCCGAUUGGCGCGUUUGAUUUUGAACUGUGAGCUUGUGUUAAUUUUCUAAUUUGAAUCAGUUUGAUUUCGAUUCCAAAUUGUUUAUCUCUUGUUUGACCAUGGAUAAGGAGGGUUUAGCUCUGAAAUUAUUGAAAUUAACCGAGAAAACCGGUUACGAUAUCGUUCAACACAACGGCCAGAGGAGAUUCGGACCACCGCGCGAUUGGACCGGGCCUCCGCCGCCGAAAGGCUGCGAAAUCUUCAUCGGAAGACUGCCCAGGGAAGUGUACGAGGAUGAGCUCGUGCCUCUGUUCUCUAAGGUCGGUAAGAUCUACGAGAUGCGGCUGAUGAUGGACUUCUCCGGGUCCAACCGCGGUUAUGCCUUCGUUACAUAUACCACGCAAGCCGAAGCCGCCGCCGCGAUAAGACAACUCAACGGCUACGAAAUAAGGCCGGGCAUUAACAUUGGAGUGGUGAUGUCUGUUGACAACUGCCGCCUGUUCAUCGGCAACAUCCCUCCGACGAGGAGCAAGGAGGAGAUCUAUGAGGAGCUGAAGAGCCGCGUUCCGGGAGUGGUCAACGUGAUACUUUACAAGAAUCGUUUCGACCGCAACACGAAUCGCCGCUUCGCUUUUGCGGAGUUCUCGUCUCAUCGAGCCGCGGCUAUGGCGAGACGGGCUCUGGUGCCGGGCAACGUUAAGCUAUGGGGCCAAGAGGUGACCGUGGACUGGGCGGAACCCGAGCCGCAUGUUGACGAAGACCUGAUGAGAAACGUCAAAGUGCUCUACGCUCGCAACUUUGAAAUAAGAACUACGCCGGAGGCAAUAAAAAAGAUAUUUGAAUCUGCAAUUAACAAUAAAAUUGAACGCGUUAAGAAAAUCUAUGACUAUGCAUUUAUACAUUUCUAUGAUAGAAAACAUGCGGAGCUAGCGAUGGCAAAGUUACAGAACAUAGAGAUUGAUGGAAGUGUGAUUGAAAUAUGCUGGGCGAAACCUGUUGACCGUGAAUUGUAUAAAAUACAGAAAUUAAGUAGAGGCAAUGCGAAGUUCAAUAAAAGCUUCGAUUUAAAUCAAACCCUCUUGCUCUAUAAACAGCAUCUGGCGAAGAUGGAGUUUGACAAAGGAUCUAAAGAUGAAGGAAUUGGGUCGGCAUAUGCCAGCGAGUCGACCUGCGGCUCACCAUUGGACACAAAACCUCGCCAAUUCAUUAAUUAUGACUACCCGUUGGCUCCUCGAAAACUAGAGGCAAUGUGCAACAGAUACUCAUGGCUACCACCUAAAUAUUACUUUAAAAAGUUUUUGGACAUCAAUGGGGCAGAGUGGUGGGUCUGCAGUGUAGAACUGCCUCUCGUUGGAUACCCACUCUUCAGUGCACCCAAAAAUAUUGGGCCUUUCACAACAAGACAUUGUUUCUCAUACCAGCAGGCUCAUGUAGAAGCCGCGGAAACAAUACUACAUGUGUUGAAAUGCCUCAAUAUGGAUAUUCUGCAACAGGCUGCAAUACAGCCCGUGUACACUCCAUUGGUGUCUCCAAAUUGCCUGAGCGUGCCAUGCAACGUGUAUCAAACAUCAACAAUGCAAGUGCCAAUUCAGACCAUCCCCACAAUAUGGCAACCACCAGCUUAAUUUAGUUUUAAGGUGUUUCAGUAACUUAUAGGAUGAUUUUAGAAAUCCUAUUCUAUAAAUUACUUAGUUAUAAGAUUUGUUAAGUACUUCAA